CGUUCCAUGCCGUCAUGUUUGUAGCGGCGUAUUUAAAGAAUUCUAGUCUAUCUUAAGCGUAAAAAAUCGUAAGAACAGAUAUAAUCCCUCGUAUUCUACCGUGUAUUCUUCAGAACAGAUCACGUUAUUUAGAAAUGUCUAUACGUAAACGUUAGUUUCAGUUUCUUUUCUUUCUGUGAAUCGACUCACCUACCGUUUGACGUUUGACGGAUUAAUGCAUAUUUUAAACAUCGAUUCAAAAUGUCGGACAUUGAAGAAGACGAGUUUCAAGAUGCUCAGGAAUCCAUGCCAGAACCUACUUCCAUGGAUCUGGAUACUUCAAUAAUGGAAGCAAAAAAAGCGAUACAUUGCUUUUUUAACAAUGAUUUUGAUGAAGCCAGGGAAAUUAUGGCACCAUGGGCAAGCACUAGCAUGUAUCACUCUUUAGGGACAAGUGUAUUUGCAUACCUUGAGGCCAUUCUUACAUUUGAACAACAAUAUGUUGAAAAGGCAGCUGCAGCUGUAAAACAAUGCAUGAGUGUAUGCAUGAAACAUCGCAAACAUGUGACAAUAACACAAAAUCUUGGCAAAAUGGUCAAGAAAACUAAUUAUGAUUCUUAUACAAUCGAGGAAGUGCAUGCGGAACUCUGUUAUGCUGAAUCACUCCUUUUAAAAUCGAUGCUCACGUUUGUGGAAGACGAGACUCUGGUCAGCUUUGUCAAGGCUGGAUUGAAAAUUCGUACCUGCUUUCUGUCGUAUAAGGAAUGUUUAACAAUUUUAAAUAGUCGAAAGUGGGAGAACGAUGUUCACAAAGUACAUUUCGAAAGCGGCGUUCGCACAGGAAUCGGAGCAUUUAAUUUGAUGAUCUCAUUAUUACCCGCAAAAAUUAUCAAAUUAUUAGAAUUUAUUGGAUUUUCUGGCGAUAAGGAGUAUGGUUUAUCAGAGUUAGAAGCAGGGUAUAGGGAAAGACGAGGAUUGAGACACGUUUUAUGUGCAAUGAUUCUUUUAUCUUACAAUUUAAUAGUAUCUUUUGUGCUGAGUCACACGGAUGGCGAUCUCGCAUGGUGUGAAAAAGUUUUGGAAGAAGAAUUAAGUCUUUAUCCGAACGGUGUAUGGUUUUUAUUUUUCAAGGGGCGAUUAGAGCUAGCAAGAGGAAAUUUUGAGAGUUCCAUAGAAUGGUAUACUAAGUCUUGGAAGAGUCAAGACGUAUGGCCUCAAUUUCAUCAUCUUUGUUUUUGGGAAUUAAUGUGGGCACAUUGUUCUCUGCAGCAAUGGAGUCGGGCUGCAACGUUCGCAAGCAUGUUGGCCGGCCAAUCAAACUGGUCGCGUACUAUUUAUUUAUACCAGAAAGCUGCGAUACUUAUCAUGCAGAAACCACCGUCGAAAAGCGAGGAAAAACAGUUGAUAGAUACUUUGAUGAUGCAAGUGCCUACCUUUAAACAACGCAUAGCGGGAAAAUCAUUACCGAUGGAGAAGUUUGUAAUUAAAAAAACUGAACGUUACUUUGCCCAGAAAAAGAAUCUAGUCCUUCCUAUAUUUGAACUUAUGUAUGUGUGGAAUUUGUUCCGAAUUGUUGGUAAACGUCAAGAUCUAAUAUUGAAUAUAUUUAAAAUGAUCGAGGAAGCUGAGAAGGAUCUUGCGAAAAUGGGGAAAACUGAGUUUCAUACGGACAAUGAAGCGCUCUUGUUGCUUUUAAAGGGUGCUUGCUUACGACAGAUGAAGCAUCCGUUGCUAGCCGAGGAUUGUUUAACACGUGUUCUCAGGUUGGAUAAAUCAAUUAAGGAAGACACCUAUAUACUUCCUUACGCAACAGUAGAACUAGCUUUGUUAGCACAAGAUCAAGGAAAUAUUCAACUUGCUAUUGGAUUUCUGGAAGAUGCCAAAAAGAACUUUACUGGAUAUCCGCUAGAAUCGAGAUUGCAUUUUAGAAUUCAUUCCGACUUAAUGAAAUUGACUGGAAAGAAAACCGACGAUAUUUCAGUAUAAUAAUAUUCAAGAGAUAUAAGGUUUACAAAGAAAUUUAAUUACUGUCAAUAGUACUCACUAUUGCAGAUAUCGAGCACAGCCGAUUUUGUUAACGACUCUUUUUUACGAAACGAAUUGUUAUGUAGUUUUUAGUUUUUCUUUUCGGAAUGGUUGGUUUCUUCUAAUAUUAAUCGUUUUCUAUAUUAUUACAUAUUGUAAACGAACUACUAUUUCUAAUGAUUGACGUACGUUAACUGUUACGCAUGUAGCUAAUGCACAUGUAACAAACUAGUUCAAAUGGUCUAAAUGAAAGAUUUAGGGAUUAAAUUAUUUUUUUAAUUUUAAUUAUUUUUACUAUGAAAUUAGUAAAUCACUAUAGAUGUCAAUUUAAUUGACGUUAAAAAAAAAAUAUAGUAUUGGUGUCGUUUGUGUGUAUACGUACACACGAUCUUUGGCACACAUGUAUUUAUAUUGUUUAAUAAAUUAUAAAUCAAAUGAAACACGAGAAAAAGGGGAAGAGGCAAAAAUAAAAAAAAAUAGUUUAUCCAGUAAACAGUGCAAAUGAUCCAAUUCAUCUCAUUUGAAAAGAAAUUGGUUAGCAUAAAUUUAUGCCAUCAUUGUCCACACUUAGCAAUUGCAUUACGAAUACAAUUCUUCUAUUAAUUUUAUAUACAAUUUUCACAAAAGAACUGAAUUGUAUCUACGUAUCAUUUUUACAAGUAUACUGCACUAUGAGCUUAAAUCUCAAACUGUGUUUAGAAGAGUGAUUAAGUUUUACGCCUCUUGUGCGCUUUCGGUAAAUUAAAAAUUAUUAAGAGUUGUAAACACAGGAAUAAAGUGUACUAUUUUAUAA